AUGCCUGGGGGCUUCAACCUCGAAUCGGUCCUCGCCCUAGAACCUCCCGAAUUGAACGCGUUCAUCAACAAAGUCGGCUUCCACAACCUCAAGACCAAGUACAUCAAGCAAACGGCCGAGAUAUUGAGGGACAAAUUCGAUGGCGAAAUUCCAGAUACUAUCGAAGGGCUGGUGUCGCUACCGGGUGUCGGACCUAAGAUGGGGUACCUGACGAUGAGCGCAGCUUGGGGCAAAACAGAGGGCAUUGGUGUCGAUGUCCACGUCCACCGCAUCACCAACCUAUGGGGCUGGCACAAGACUCAACAGCCAGAACAGACGCGUGCAGCGCUGGAGUCAUGGCUACCAAAGGACAAGUGGCAUGACAUUAAUAACCUGCUCGUAGGCUUUGGGCAGACGAUAUGCCUGCCUGUGGGCAGGAAGUGUGGCGAUUGCAAGUUGGCGGAGAGAGGUCUCUGUCCUUCAGCGGUCGUAGCUAAGAGCACGAAAGUCAAGAAAGAAGCUGUUGUGAAAGUAGAAGCGCCCAAUGGCAGCGAAGAGGCGGUGGUGAAAGAAGAGAAGGUGGUGGCUGAAGUCGAUGAGAUCAAAGCAGAAGAUGUGGAAGUUGCGAUAGACAUAGAGGAUAUUGGGCAGGCGCCACGAAGAAGGCUGCAGAGGAAGAAGUAG